CAGGGGAGGUAGGGUGUGGCUCUCACUCUGCUAGUCCAAGGUGUAACUGAAGCAAUAAUAAUCGUGUUAGAGUGAAUAUAUCUUUAUAAUCUGUCAACCGAUGAACGGUGGAGUUAAGGCAAAGUGCUUGGGAGAUAUCUUUUGAAAGCUACAGAAAACCUGGAGGUAGAUUAUUCGAGACCAAAGGAAAUAUAUGUAUUUUUAUAUAUAAAAAGGUGCACUAGGCACUUGUGUGAGUGUAAUAGUCGGGUAAAAACCGUAGACUGAAACCGGUUUGAUCUUGCGGCUGGUUUUAGAGGGGAGGAGACUAUCUUCCGCCCACUGCCAUUUUCGCCUUAUUUAUCCCUUUUCUCCAGUUUUUUCCCCUUAAUAUAUAUAUACCAACGGCGAAAUAGAUAAUGCAGUGAGUGGUGACGUAGGAGGAAGUAGGAGAAUGUGUAAUUAGGAUUGAUAAAGAGUGAACGAGAGGAAGAGGUGGCCAUGUGUGUGGCCAGGUUGGUGGUGGUGGCCCUAGUGGUGGCCCUGGUAGUGGCCACGCCUCCAACACCAGACACCAACAAGGAGAAGCUUCCCUUCGAGGCUGUCUUUCAAGGUAACUAUGGCCUGUGUGAGAACAUCAAACUGUGUGAGCAGCUGUGCUUCAACCUGCACGACGGUACCUUCGAGUGCACCUGUCACCAGGGUUACAACCUUGAACCAGACGGCUACAGCUGUACCAGACUGAACUACACCAAACUGGACUCGUCUAUACUUUACGAGAAGGAGGCGUCGUUCGUCGCUGUACUCGACGACAACGACUACCAGUCCGACGCGUCGUACCAGGGCGGCGAUGGACCGCACGUCGCCAGGUUCCGGUCCAGUCUGGGACACCGGGACAGCAACAACAUUGACUACAACCAACUCAUCGAUAGGGCGGAUAUUCUCAACUAUGACAAGUACAAGACCGAGCGAGAGAUAGUGUUGGAGAGCCUGGGUGGGGAGGAGGAGACUGGUCCAGAGACCUUCCUGGAGCUGGACCUGCAGGACACCUUUCACCCCCACACAUCUCCCGGACCCAAUCUGGAGCAGAAGGUACCGUCUGAAGUGCCCAACCUGCAAGCUACUGAGUCCCUCACUACUCUGUGCCAGCUGGAGUGUGGCCCUGGGCGGUGCCAUCUUGACGCUCAGGCAGGAGUGCCGCGUUGCAUGUGUCCCCUGGGGCGUGCUGGAAGAUACUGUCACCCAGGUGCCCAGGUGGAGACUGCCAGGUUCCACGGGUCAUCGUGGGUAGGCUUCGCUCCACUGAGGGAGGCCUACAGGGACGUGCAAUUGACCCUAGAAUUCAAGCCGGAGACUCCUGACGGAGUGCUACUGGUGUCGGGGGAGAACGACGACCUCUCUGGGGACUUCAUGGCUGCCGUGCUCGUCGAGAGCUUUGUUGAGUUCAGAUGGGACUGUGGUUCAGGAGCAGGCUCUGUACGGUCUCCGGAAGUAGUUCACAUGGAUGAGUGGAACCGACUAACUGUGUAUCGUCACCGCUGGGACGUGUGGCUGCAGCUCAACGAUGGCCACCACAUCCAGGGACGCUCUGAGGGUUUAUUCUCUCGUAUCACCUUCCGUGAGCCCCUGUACGUGGGCGGCUCUAACAACCUGACGUCACUGGCCCCGCGACUUGGCGUCACUACUGGCCUCCAGGGAUGUGUACGACGACUUCAAGUUAAUGAUCAUGUUUAUCGUUUUCGCAAGAGUGAUCCUCUUAGGGAGCCAAACCUAUCGUCAGAUUAUGCGGCAUUAGAUGGCUGGGGCAUAACUGAGUGCAUAGGUGACGCAUGUAGCGAGGUGGAGUGUCAGCAUGGUGGGAAAUGUGUGGCCUCUACCCAGGAUACCAAGAAUCUCUCCACUGUGACAACACCAACACCUCCACCAUUCUUUGCUCCGCCACCUCCUGCCCCAGUCUGCCUCUGUCCUUUAGGUUAUUCGGGAGAUUUCUGUGAAAAACAACUAAACCUAGAGGUUCCUUCGUUCAAUGGUUCAUCACACCUGAUGUUCCCUGCUCUUGGUGGCUCCGUGUUAUCAUGGUUGGAACUGGAGGUGGUGUUCCGUGCAGCAUCCACGGAUGGAGUUCUGCUUUACGAGAGUCACCGUUCGGAUGGUACGGGAGACUUCAUCGCCCUUACGUUGUCCCAGGCUCAUGUCCUGUUCACAAUUGAUUUAGGCUCUGGCAUCUUGACUCUCAGGUCUGUAUACCCAAUCCGUCCUGGUAUCUGGCACUCAGCGAGGGUAUCCCGAACAGGCCGCUGGGCAUGGCUCUAUGUGGACGACCAGCCUGUUGUAAGUGGGUUAACUCCUGGAGGCUUCACUAUGUUGUCGCUCUCGCAUCCACUCUACCUCGGGGGUAUUCCACCCACAUCCACUUCACAACCGGUACUUCCAGCAUCUCAAGCAUUCACUGGCUGCAUACAGAAGUUAUCGCUCAAUGGUCGGCCAAUUCACCUAGUCUCCGGAGCUGUGUCAGGAAGCAACGUAGACUCGUGCAAUCAUCCCUGUUCUCAACGUCCCUGCGACAAUGGUGGCAUCUGUGAGCCUCACGGACCCUCCUACACCUGCCGCUGUCCUCUUGGCUUCAAAGAUGAGCACUGCAGGAGUAGAGUGGUGACACAAGCUGCAACGCCAAGCUUCAGCGGCAGGUCGUUCUUAAAAUAUGCUGAUACGGAGAUCAUGAAACGAGUGUCGGGUGAUAAGUUACAUCUGUGGCUACGAUUCCGCUCCCUGACUCCCGAUGGUCUCUUAGUGUGGGCCGGAGAAGACGAUGAUGAUGGAGAGAACAAAGAAGUGAUGCUGCCGCCUCUGGGAGACUCCCUCAGUCUGGAGCUGCAAGAUGGCCGUCUUGUUCUCCGUUACAACCUAGGUUCAGGCUUUGCUCAACUUCUCUAUAACAGUAGCAAGCGCCUAGAUGAUGGACAAUGGCAUACUGUUAGAAUAUACAGGUACGAGAGAGAAGGACACUUAUCUGUAGAUGAUGACGAGGAGAAUGUUGUAGUGUCGCCAGGUGACCUUGUGCAGCUCAACGUAGACUCAGCUCUGUAUAUUGGUGGACGCGAGACCUUCCGUGGAAGCCACAGUGGCUACAUGGCACCUGGACUAACUGGCUGUGUGGCUGACCUGACCUUGGCAACAGACUACCAUGUUGACCUCAUAACCCAAGCAACAGCUGGUCAGAACAUCGACUACUGCUGACCGGACGGACGGUAGGACGCAUUGGUGGAACGCUAGAAGACAUGAGCUGAUUAUUUGCAGAAAUGAUUUUAUUAUGAAGAAUUCAGAGAAAAUUUUAAUCAAUGAAAUAUUUCCUGUAUUGCAAAUGUCAAAGGGAUAAAAAUGAGUAUAUAGCAUAGGAAUGUUUUUGAUUCUGAGAUGUUAUUGACGUAGGCGUAUAUAAGACCAUGCUAACAUCCAUUGGAAAGAUAUCAUGACUUGCUUAAUGUGUCACAGGAAAUGCUAUAUUGGGCUAGAAAAUAACUGCAAAUUGCAAGGAAUAGGGGAUAAUCAGUUAACCAAAUUGCUUAUUAGUAAUGAUGCUUAUUUAACUAGCAUGUACAAAUUUAAUUAGAACAAAGACUAUAAUAAUUGAAUGAGAUGUCUUAGUGAUAACGAAGCUUAGUCAACACCUCAGUAGAAAUAAAUCUUUAUAUAGCCUGAAUGCAAAAUAUCACCUUUAUUCCUUAUCCCACCUGAGCUUCACGAUCACUCUCAUCCCAUUCAAAGUCAAAAAACAAUCUGUUGUGCAGAUUUGCUGGGAAUGAUUAGGCAAUACCCUAGGCUGAAGCAUCUUAGAAAUAAAGCAUUCAUUUUAUUAUUUAAAGUGUGAAUGUGUGUGUGCAUGUAUGUGUGUGUGUGUGUAUAUGUGUGUGUGGGGAGAAGGAUGUCCAUACAUGUAUGUUCUGCACAUGUCAACAUUGUACUUCAUUUGGUUUAUAUGUAGUCACCAUCAUCAUUCAGAGUAAGUGGUCAAAAAUUGAAUUAGUUGUCCAUUUUGAGUUCCACAUUCAUGUAAUCCUCCAUACGUAGCAUCACACAACAAAUGAUAGUGUGUGUAGCUACAUAUGUAUGUAUACAUAUACAAUAUUUGUAAAUCUUGUAUUCAAAUAACUUCAUUUGGAUGUCUUGGUAAGAGUUUGCCCAUUUAAGACGAAUUUUAAAGUGUUACGUUGAUAAUGGAGAAGAAAUCAGAAUAUGAAAAAAAUACUUAAUUGUUUAUAAGUAUAACGCUGCAAUUUGUAAAUUGGUUUAAUAUAUUUGGCUUUGUGCAUGCACAUCUUUGGCUCCUCCGGCUGGUAAAUAUUUACAGUACUUCAUGCAGUUGUCGUGUAAAUCAUGUUUUAAUAAAAGCCAUAUUCUAUUAUUUACAACAUUGUUCAUGUUAACUCUCAUUAAAAAAAAAGAUGUUUUAAUUUGUGUAAAUAUAUUGUUAGCACCUUUCAUAAUGGCUUAAUUGAACAUAAGUGUUCAUUUUUUAUAUGUCUUGAGUUUCUGUUCACCAGUGAUAAUAUACUUUGGCCAGAAUACUAGGUAUUGUGAAUCAACUGAACAGUUAAUAUAGUGUCCUCAUUUUUUGUGCUAUAAUGAUGGCAUUUUUAAUAACAUCCUCCAAAUCAUACUUGUGACCUUCGUAUCUCAAAUGUCAAAAUGACAGUUACCUUAAUCAAUUUUAUAAUAAAUGUUCAUAUAUUUCCUGUGGUUAUGUUUGUAUUAUAGAUUUUGCCUCUUGUAAAAAAAAAAAUCAUGGAAAUGUUAUAAUGAUUUAUUUAUAAUCAAUCUGCCAUACCUGUUACUGUGUCGUUAAUGCAAACAAAUAACUAUGAGCUGACGGAUAGUAGUGUAAAGUCACUGUCAGCAAAGAAAUCUCUUAUUAAUAUGGCAUUUUAUCCACACAGAAUACAUAAAAAAGUUGUAUAUGUAGAAUAUGGAAAACGUGAGGUGCCUUAAUUAAAAUUCUAAAUUUUUUAAAGGGUGGACCGGUAAGCCAGUGGAAGGCCUCGGUCAAAUGACUAAUAGCUCCAGUGGCGGGUCACCAUGACUUAGACCUGCGUCAGGAAACACUUGUCCUGUUUCCUGACGAGUCUUACCUAACCUAACGUAAGGUGAUGAAGGGUCAAACCAAGUAUCGCUGGGUCAGGUCAGGUACCGCUGGGUCAGGUCAGGUGCCGUUACAGGUGAGAUCAGGUGAUGCCUGGUGAAGGUGAGGACAAAGAAUCAGGUCGUUGUUAUUUGUGUUUAAGAUGUUGAUUCAGUAUUACUUGUGUUUUGGGUUUGGACAAACUGUACACCCUUGUUUUGUUCUUUGGUGUUGGUGAGGUAAACAGUGGCAGCCUCAAGACAACUACAUCUUAUGUUGUUUUCUUAGUAAAUAAGAGGUGCUUGUACCCAGGUCAUGCGCGUAAAUGUAUAAAGUGGUGUAUUACACCUAUGUUGCAUGUUUCCCAUUUCCAUAGCAUCUAAAUCUUCUUUGUGUUUCAAGAGAAUACAAGAGACCGGUUUUUUUUUCAAGAAAGAAUAAUGUGCGCAAGAAAUCUGAGGCUGGAGAAAGACUAUGAUAUAUAGAUUUUCCUCGUCUAGAAGAAAUUUAUUUCUUCAAAUCUAAAAGGCAGGUAAGAAAAGCCUGUGAUUGCUCCUCUUUUAGUCCUGAGAUUGUUGUGUGAGAAGAAAUUAAUCAGUUCAUUUCUUUUCAAAUUUAAAGUUAAUAGAAAGCGUACUAAGAAAGAUGGCCAGAUUAAUUUCUUCUCAAACAAAUCUCAGGACUUAAAGUAGUAAUUAAAGGAUUUUCCUACGUGCCCUCCAGACUGGCAGAAGUGACUGCCUACUGGACGACCAAAUAUAUAUUAAAAGCUUUAUCCACUCUCAAAUUUCCUCUGCAAAUCAUCUACUCCUGAAAAAAAAAUGUUUAGUGUUCACUCCAAACCCAAAGAAGAAAUAAUCAUCCCACAACGAUUAAUACUUCCCACUGGGCCUACAACACUCGCUAUAAUCCUCUCCUCCAGAGUCAACAUGAGCAUGUUUGUAUUCUCAAACAAAGGCACAGCAGGAGCCCAUACUGUAUACUUUAUGGUGGUUGUAGGGAGACAACAGUGGAUUUAGAUGCUAGAUUAAAAGAACACAAAUAAACAUUCAGAAUGAAUAAUAUACGCAAAACAUGCCUGGUACACCGCUUCACAGUCACACAUAAUGAACUGGAAAACAAGCACAUCUUAUUUACGAAGUAAACAACAGAACUAAAGACAGAUGUCUUGAGGCUGCUACCUUUUGCCUCACCAACACCACAACAAAACAGAAGGAUGUAUAUUUUCUCUAGUACCAUUGCACAAAUAAUCUUAGGACAAUAUAUUCAACACACAACACAGCCAGAUCCUUCAACCUCAUCGCUGAAAAACACUUGACCUCACCUCACCUGACCCAGUGGCACCAGGCUUUACCGGCUGCACCUGACCUCUUCCGGUGUCAUCUGAUUGGAUCAGGUGCGCCUCGCCUCCUCCAUAUUCUCCAUUUACCACUUUUUAUACGUGUUCUAUGACCCUGAUAAAGGGUAUAGAAACGUUGUAUUAAUAAAAGGCUCCUUUGCUGAAAGUGUUUUUUUUUAAUCACAUAUUGUUAAUAGUAAAAAGAUUGUUAAAUAGUAACUAAACGAUUAUUUUACUCUAAUUUGCUGAAAUCUAGGAAUUCAGUUCACACAUCUUCCAAAUCACCAAUAAUAUAAGGCUAGUUGGCUUCAUUAUCAGUCAAUAAUAAUUAGAAGUAAUACAUCAUCUAAAAAUGUAGUAUUGGAUUACUCAUUUAAUGUGGCAUUUGAAGGAACAAUAAAGUAAGAAAACUUUAUACAAAGAUUAUCUUGGCUUGGGACGGGGGCCGCAGGGGCGACGCACCCCUGGAACCCUCAUGUAAACAAAAAAUGUAUAUUAGAAAAAUAAAUUGCAUAUUAAUUUAAGUAAUUCAUGAUUUGGAGGAUGUAAACUAUGGCCCUGUGUGUGGAUAAAAGACUAUAGUUUUAUCAUUAGAAUUAAGGGAAAAUAUUUGCCUUUUAUUUAAUAAAAAUGUGUGUACUAUUAUUAUAUGGUUAUACAAGUUGCUACAUUCCAUAACUAUGUAAGCUUUACUUCAAAACCUAAAAGAAAUUGGCAGUCGGUACACAUUGUAAGAAGAGUCUAUAGGCGUGUUCUACAUAUCAUUUUGUAAUGUAAUAAUAGUAAGUUAAUCAAGAAGAUAGUGCCUACAUAUUUGUGUUACGUAAGUCAUUCUCAGAAUGAACGUUCUUAGCAUCAUCUAGUCUAUGUAUAUUGAUGUAAACCAGUCAAGAGCUUACACGCCACAGAAAAUGGGAGGGUAUGAUACCAGCAGUGUGAUCCCAGGGAAACUGAAAUACUUAAAUUGGUGGACCGUACUUUGUACCAGUACCAAUAAUAUUGUUCCGGUGGAUGUGUAUAGAAUGUUGCUAAGUUAUGGUCCUAAUGUACUAGAUAGUUUUUCAAAUUCAUAUUCAUUCAAGAAGUAAAUGUAAUGAUACCUGUGUAAAUAUAAUUUUCAGUAUCCAGUAGUCCUCCAUCAGUACAGUAUGGCAUAAAAUUUUUUACUUCAUCCUUUUACAAAUACAUAUGAUGACUCCAUGUUACUGAUACAUUAUGUAGUUUAGAUGCUCCACAAAUGAAGGUACAUACGCUACAGUAUCAGAAUCUUGACAUCCCAUUACUGAACAAAAAAAAUUACGAGUGUAUAUAUAUAUAUAUAUAUAUACAUAUAUAUAUGCUCAAGUGUACAUAUACAUUACUUGAUACACCAUUAACAAUACUUUGAUAAUUUAGGACCCUGUACCUCCCACAGAAUUUAAAGUUUCAGUACUUUUGUAUUAUAUAAGUUACUUUAUAGCACCUGCAGAACUUAAUUAAGUCUCUCAAAUAAGACAACACUUGUGUUUGCUGCAUAAUCAAGAUUACAGUUACCUGGAGGCUGGGUUAUCCAGGUAUCAACAAGAUAACAAAUACUGUACCAGGGCAGAUGGAUUAUCAUACCCUUUCUAUUUUGGAUAUCAUGCAAGAAAAAAAUUCACAGCCUAAUUUAGUAACUUGAUCCUACUUGGUGGCAAUAUUGCAAUCAUUGGCAAAGUAAUCAAACUUAAAGUUCUAAAUGUAAUGUAAUAGGUUAAUUAUUUUAAUGAGAACAUCAAAGCAUCUAAAUAAUAAAAGAAACUAAUGAAUGAAGUGGUAAGUAGAGAUUUAUUUAUAAGAUUAAAUACAAUCGAAUUAACAUAUAAAGGUGAUAUUUUUGAGGAUGGAUGAUGGAAGUAAAAUAUUAAAUUUAAUGUUUUUAUUGCUUCUGACAUAUAUAUAUAUAUAUAUAUUUAUAUUAUUAUCAAAACUUGAACUCCAUUGUUUAAGAACAUCUUUAUAUUAAUAAAAAACCUGUUGUAUAAAAACCAAUAAUGAAUAUCUGUAAUAACAACGAUUAUUAUUAUUAUUAUUAUUAUUAUUAUUAUUAUUAUUAUUAUUAUUAAUUAUUAUUAUUAUUAUUAUUAUUAUUAUUAUUAUUAUUAUUAUUAUUAUUAUUAUUAUUAUUAUUAUUAUUAUUAUUAUCGAUAGGAAGCGCUAUGUAAUAACAAUGAGAGUUUAAAAAAUUAUAACAAUUCCACAUAUUAUGAUCACCUUAUAUUUCAACGAAGCAUAAUUAUUAUCCAUUGAGCCACGAAACAGCAAAAUUCUGGCGAUAAUUAUUAAUUCCAGCCAAUUUACGAGGCCUGAAUUUUAAGAAGCCAUAUAUUCUAUUGCUGAAUUUUUCAUCACUAAAAUAAAAUUAACUCGUAAUAUAAGAAAUUUUCGAAGUUACUACAAGUGGUUUCAAAGUGUUGCCACAAGAGGGUCAGGAGUGCAGCACUUGAUGUGACCUCAGUGGACUCGGAGGUGUUGACACAGAUCAUGUACAGCAACUAAGGAGUAAAUCUUGUGCCAUUUUAAA